AUGCCUCCCAAGAAGCCUGAGCCUAAGAAGGAGGCGGCCAAGGCGGCCCCAGCCCCGGCCCCGGCCCCCGAGCCCCCCAAGGAAUCUGCCUUUGACCCCAAGAGUGUAAAGAUAGACUUCACUGCUGACCAGAUCGAAGAGUUCAAAGAGGCCUUCUCGCUGUUUGACCGGACCCCGACCGGGGAGAUGAAGAUCGCCUACGCGCAGUGCGGGGACGUGCUGCGGGCGCUGGGCCAGAACCCCACCAACGCCGAGGUGCUGCGCGUGCUGGGCAAGCCCAAGCCCGAAGAGAUGAAUGCCAAGAUGCUGGACUUUGAGACGUUCCUGCCCAUCCUGCAGCACAUCUCCCGCAACAAGGAGCAGGGCACCUACGAGGACUUCGUGGAGGGGCUGCGCGUGUUCGACAAGGAGAGCAACGGCACGGUCAUGGGCGCCGAGCUCCGCCACGUCCUUGCCACCCUGGGAGAGAAGAUGACUGAGGCGGAAGUGGAGCAGCUGUUAGCUGGGCAGGAGGAUGCCAAUGGCUGCAUCAAUUACGAAGCCUUUGUCAAGCACAUCAUGUCUGGGUGA